CUCAGACCCCACCAUCUCAUGAUUGUUUGUGUGUGGAGUGAUAUCUGUGUGAGUCAGUCUAUGUGAGUCAGUCCAUUUAUCAGACUUCGCUGCAUACAUGCUCAUCCUAUAUUGGUUGAUCUCUUGGUUCUGCCCAUACUUGUGGAAGUAUUCACAAGUAUGCAACAGUUUUGGUAUCGGAGCAGACCAAACGAUGGAUCUGCUCACCAGUAUCAGCAACAGCGACUCAGCAGGCGGACGACUCCAGCGGCAUCAAGUACAGCUACGGCGGUACCCGUUACCACCGGGACUCUUCCCGCAUGUCCGGUCCAAGGGGCCAGUGAGCCGUUGUCUGCUUACCUUCAGCGGCUACAGGCAUUUACUGAUGCCGUAGCUACUGCUAAGGCACAGCAGGAGGCAGCAGAGGCAGAACGUCAGCGGCUGGCCAAUGAGGCGGCAGCCCAAACUCAGUGGACUGCUGAGGCUGACGCAGCGGCACGAGACAGACGGAAUGCUGCCAGCACGGAGUCCCUGAUUCAAAAUGAGAAUCAGUGGACAACGCUACUCCAAGGCAUGAUCGUUGUGCCUACGGACGCGCAGGCAGAUCCGACACCGGCGGAGGCAGAGAGAAGUAACCUGGCUAACUUGAUGUUGAGCGUGAUGAGAGGAGUAAUGUGGAACAACAAACUGCUGCAGGCACACCUGCUCACGGAACUACAGCACAGACAGAACCAGCAGCAAGACAUUGUCGCGUUAACAGAUGCUGUCCGCACCGCAGCAACACAACAGCAGCAACAGCAUCAGCUGUUGAACUCCGCUCUCGCAUGCAUCAACAGCAUUGAGGCCAAAACCUCAGCAGCGCCAGGCUGCACGACAGACACAGCGAAACAGCUCAACGAGCACAUCGACCAUGUCGUCAACCUCAUCGGCGAACUAGCAUCCUGCCGCACUGUCCCGGCUGAAGACAUGAUGAAGGCGCUCUACCUCCAACUGAUUGGAGGAGCGCAGGCAUGGAUGAAUCAUCUUGCGGCUACCAAGAAAUGCACCAUCGCCGAACUCCACACGCACAUUACGUGGAAGGAGUUCGAGCAACUGUGGUUCACUCGCUUCAUGGUCCGCAACGUCGUGAAGGCAGCCAUGAACGAGGUUUACACGAGCUCACAAGGAAGCAUGCCAACUCGAGACUGGACGAUCGAGUGGCAGAAGAUAGUGACCACGCCAGGCUUCGAUUUGAGCUUUACAAACCAACGAUCCGAGUGCUUCUCGCGAUCGUGCGCAGGACUGCGAACCGCACUCGGCAACGAGUACGAUUAUGCCUCAUUCCAGGCUAUUCUGGAUCGCACGAACCUGGUCAUCCAAACGGAUGACAAGGCCGCUAACGAACGGCAAUCCCAGCCGCACUAUGUGGCAAAGCAGGGCUAUCAACGACCGACACACAGCAAUGCCGUGAUUUCUGAAGAAACAGUCGAUCUCCACGCUGCAGCAGCAUCCUCGAGUGAUGGAGGAACUGUCGCAGCGCUCCCGCCGAAGCGUCUCAAGAGAGUUCGGAAGAACAAGGCGACACAAGCGACGACAUCGACGGGAACUGGGCAGCAACCAUGGACGGCGUUCAAUAUAACCAAGGAAGUAUUUGAUCUUCGACAACGAAUUCGCGACGCCAUAGCUCGGAAUGACGUCGAGGAGAUGGGCCUUGUAUUCUUGCAUGCUCUUCCCUCGCCGGACGGACCAGCCGCGUCACCGCCGGACCCACGCAUUUCUCACCUCUUGGACGAGUAUAGAGACGUCUUCGAGGUUCUCACCGGAACGGUUCCGGAUCGGCCCAUACGUCACGGGAUCACUCUUGAGGCUGGUGCCGUCCCUCCGCGUGGAUGUAUUUACCGCAUGAGCGACGAGGAACUCGAGGUGCUUCGCGCACAACUCGAUGACCUUCUCGACAAGGGUUGGAUUCGCCCUAGUUGUUCGCUUUACGGUGCCCCUGUUCUCUUCGUCUGGAAGAAGAACAAAGAUCUACGGUUAUGCAUCGACUAUCACAAACUUAACGCACAAACCGUAAAGAACGCCGGCCCUCUCCCUCGGAUUGAUGAUCUCCUUGAGCAGUUAGGCAGCGCGACGUACUUCUCGAAGUUGGACUUGAAGUCGGGUUACCACCAGAUUGAAAUCCAGCCUCAAGAUCGGUACAAAAACGCGUUCAAGAUGAGGUACGGGCAUUUUGAGUGGGUUGUCAUGCCAUUUGGCCUCACCAAUGCCCCCGCGACUUUCCAAGCAGCUAUGACGACUGAGUUUCACGACUUGCUCGAUUGCAGCGUCCUCAUCUACCUCGAUGACAUCUUGGUUUAUAUUUGCCACCGUAACAAGGUUCGAUCUCGAAUCCCCUUCGGCGAACUGAAACUGUUGCCGAUUCCUCGGGCACCACGCCUCUCCAUUGCUAUGGACGUGACAGGCCCGUUUCCCCGCGAUCGCCUCGGCCAUGACAGUAUUCUCACAGUCGUUGACCGUUUAAGUAAGCAUCCUCGCUUCCUUCCUUGCAAGUAUCAUGCUGUAGCGCCUGAGCUCGCACGACUCUUGCACACCGGUUGGAUUACCAACCAGGGUGUUCCAGAAGACAUAGUGAGCGACCGAGAUACUCGCUUCAUGUCGGCCUUUUGGACUUCCCUUAUGGCUGAGUCCGGCACGACAAUGAAGCCGAGCUCGGCUCGGCACCGGCAGACGGAUGGCCAGACGGAGCGAGCACACCAGACUGCUCAGAUGAUGUUGCGUACGCUCAUCCGUCCCGACCAGAAAGAUUGGGUUGACCGGCUUCCCGACAUCGAGUUCGCCUAUAACACUUCGGUGCACCCGGCGAUCUGCGUCAUACCAUUCGAGUUGCAUCAUGGUGGAGAGAAAGCACGGAUCUUUGCUGAUCUCCUUCUGUCACAGGCCGCCGACAUAGACGUCCCUUGCUCUCCCGCUUCCGUCCGGAAGUACCGGGACUUGCUGAUCAAAGCCCGUGCAAAUAUGCAAAAGGCUCAGAUCCGCAUGCAGCAGCAGGCUAACCGACGUCGACUUCCAUGUCCUUUCCGCGAGGGAGACCUUGUUUGGGUCCUCUCCGAGGAAUUUGCGCUCGAGCAGGACGUUUCGUGCAAACUCCUUCCGAAAUGGUUCGGACCAUGGGAAGUCGCUUCUGCCGUUGGAGACGACCCCGCAGGUCCUUCCUUCGUGAUCAACAUUCCACCGCACCUUCCAGUGCACCGGGUCUUCCACGCGUCGAAGCUGGCCAUCUACACGCCACCUUCCGCUGACGAGUUUCCCGGCCGACGAUCACAAGAUCGGCCAUCUAUGGACGGACAUCAGGAAGUAGACCGAGUCAUCACGCACCGCAAGUAUGGCAACAAGGCAAUGCAGUUCAAAGUCACAUUCAAGCAAUGUGCGCCUGACGACACUCGGUGGAUCUCUAGUGCAGACUUGCAGACUUCUGCACCCCUUAUCUUCGCCGACUAUGAGAAGCGACGCCUUGCCAAGGAAGCAGCUCGUUCCGCCCGACCCACCCCGGUAUCGGACAGACAACUCCGCCCUCGCAGGUAGCUCGGUUUUUUAAGAGGGGGAGUGUGUUACAUCUUCGACGCCACACGGGUCCUACCGGACCCGACUUAGGGCCAGAGGGACACAGUAGGGCCUAAAGGCCCAGACUUG